AUGUCACCCCGCUGCUUCAUCAUCCGCCACGGCGAAACUGAGUGGUCUCUAAACGGCCGACACACCGGCGAAACUGACCUCCCGCUAACAGCAAACGGCGAGAAACGUAUCCGCGCAACCGGGAAAGCACUAUUCGGCGAUGAUAGACUAGUCGUCCCGAAGAAGCUGGCGCACAUCUUCGUCUCACCCCGCACCCGCGCCCAACGAACCCUCGAACUCCUCGAGAUCGGCUGUCGCGAACGUCUCCCUUGGAAUGAGCAGCGCAAGUCUGAGGAGGAAGAGGCUAUUCGGACGGAGGCGAAGGUUGAGAUUACGGAUGCUGUGCGCGAGUGGGAUUAUGGUGAUUAUGAGGGCUUGACUAGUAAGCAGAUUCGGGAGAUGAGGGCUGAGAGGGGUGAGGGGCCUUGGAAUAUUUGGACGGAUGGAUGCCCUGGUGGAGAAUCCCCUGAAGAUGUCAUCCGCCGUCUUGACGCUCUAAUCGCCGAGAUCAGAGAAAAAUACCAGCGUUCCUGCUUUGGGAAUUCCGACGAUGCAAAGGGCGAUGUGCUCGUCGUUGCGCAUGGACAUAUCUUGCGCGCAUUUGCCAUGCGCUGGGUUGGGAAGCCGCUGACGGAGACUUCCCUGAUUCUUGAGGCUGGUGGUAUUGGUACACUCAGCUACGAGCACCACAAUAUCGAUGAGCCGGCCAUUAUUCUCGGUGGACAGUUUGUCGUUGACUGA